AUGGGGAAGCCAUUUAAGAAAAAGACACUCAAAGGAAGAAAUGGUAGAAAGUCAAAAUCUCCUCCUAAAGUGCCGAUCGUGAUUCAGGACGACAGCCUUCCUGCAGGUCCUCCCCCGCAGAUCCGCAUCUUGAAGAGGCCGACGACCAACGGCGUCCUUAGCAAUCCCAACUCCGCCAGCAGACCGGCCUUCCCCGUGAAAUCCUUGGCGCAAAGGGAGGCGGAGUACGCGGAAGCCAGGAAACGAAUAUUGGGCAGCGCGAGCCCCGAAGAAGAGCAGGAGAAACCCAUUCUGGAUAGGCCGCCGAGGAUCUCCCAGCCGGAAGACACCAGGCAGCCCAACAAUGUGAUCAGGCAACCCCUGGGUCCCGAUGGCUCACAAGGCUUCAAACAACGCAGAUAAACGCGGGGCGAGCGAUGCUGCUGCGGAAGGCAGGGUCCGCCGCCACGGGUCGCGCUGCCGUGACGGACAAACGGACUUGAGCAAAGGGAACUACCUGGUUUAUUUGCACUGUGAUUCCCCUUUGCUCUGCCCACUGUGACCUUCAACCCCACGCACUGUGACCUCCCCUCUCCACCCACUGUGACCGGCAAACCGAGAAGGGCUGUCCCCAAGUCGCUGUUAAAGGAAAAGGGGAUGAGGGGAGGGGGUUCUAAAGGACUCGGACGGGUGCAGGGAGUUGCGUGUGUGCCACUUGGGUUGAAGCUAGCGCCAGCAAUAACGUUUGUUGUACUCAUAGCCUGGGAUUUAAGGAAAAAAA